GCACAGCUGGCGUAGCUGUGUCCGUGGCGGCAGCCGGCAGCACACACAGAUGAGAUCGCCAUCUCGACCCACCACUGCACAGUCCACCCCCACACCUCGCCACGCCGCCAUCCUCUCUCCGCAAAGAUUCGAUUCCCGUCGCCCCUCCCUCCUCCUCCUCCUCCCCUCAUGGCCGGCGACCUGCGCCACCGCCGCGCGCCGCCGCCGGAGGACGGGGACGAGGGCGCCUCCCCCGCCGAGGAGUCGGCCGCCGCCGUCGAUAACGGCAAGGAGGGGGCGGGAGAGCGGAAUGGGAAGAGGGAGGCGCUCGGGUGGCUCGAGUGGGGCCGCGGCUGGAUGGCCAUCGUGGGGGAGUUCCUCUUCCAGCGCAUCGCCGCCAGCCACCUCGCCAACCCGCUCGAGCUGCCCCCGCUCGACGGCGUCUCCAUCGUCGUCACAGGCGCCACCAGCGGCAUCGGCCUCGAGAUCGCGAGACAACUUGCACAGGCUGGGGCACAUGUUGUUAUGGCAGUUAGGAGACCCAAAGUGGCGCAAGAGUUGAUUCAGAAAUGGCAGAAUGAAAAUUCAGAAACAGGAACACCACUAAAUGCUGAGGUGAUGGAGCUUGACCUGCUUUCCCUUGAUUCGGUUGUAAAAUUUGCUGAUGCUUGGAAUGCUCGUAUGGCACCCCUACAUGUGUUGAUCAACAAUGCUGGAAUCUUCGCUAUAGGAGAACCUCAGCGUUUUUCAAAGGAUGGUCAUGAAGAACACAUGCAAGUAAACCAUCUUGCACCUGCAUUACUGGCGAUGUUGCUUAUACCCUCCCUUCUCCGUGGUUCUCCCAGCAGAAUUGUUAAUGUUAAUUCAAUUAUGCACACUGUAGGUUUUGUUGACGCUGAAGAUAUGAACUUGAGAAAGCGGAAAUAUAGAAGUUGGUUGGGAUAUUCAAAUAGCAAGUUAGCGCAGGUAAAAUUUAGUAGCAUGCUUCAUAAGAGAAUCCCUGCAGAAGCUGGCAUCAAUGUUGUUUGUGCUUCCCCUGGGAUCGUCGACACGAAUGUUGCAAGAGAUCUUCCUAAGGUUGUUGUAGCUGCCUAUCAUUUGAUUCCCUACUUCAUAUUUAAUGCUCAAGAAGGUUCUAGGAGUACACUAUUUGCAGCAUCUGACCCCCAAGUUCCAGAAUACUGUGAGAUGCUUAAGUCUGAAAACUGGCCUGUCUGUGCUUGCAUCUCAUACGAUUGCAAUCCAAUGAAUGCAUCUGAAGAGGCACACAACCUUGAAACGUCGGAGCUGGUUUGGGAGAAGACACUUGAGAUGAUUGGCCUUCCGCCAGAUGCCCUGGAGAAGCUCAUCGCUGGGGAAUCGGUUCAGUGUUGUUAUGGUCAACAGGAGGCAGAAUAGAAUAUCACACAGAGUCAAAUCAUACCGCUUUUAGUUUGCAGUUAGUGGUGGUUUGUUCCUGUUCUUGAUUAGAGCACCUUUGUUGUAUCUUUCUGAUCCUGAAUUUGAAGGGGGAAAACACACUGAGGAAGAGAGAGAAGAAAACUGAGUUUGUUAAAAGUUAUGCAUGUUUGUUCUAGUUUGAGGUAAUGGGGAGGAUUUUUUUUAAUUUGCGCAAAAAGGAUAUUGUAAAGAGUUGUAGAAAUACAUUUCCCCUGUUAUUUGUGAUCACUGAUCAAUGAUAGUGCUAUACUUGAAACAAGAAUUGAAGAGAUACCUAUUCUGAGUUAA